CUGAAGCAGGAACUUUUUCAGUACUACGACGAUGAUGUUCUCGAUUCAGUCCACGAAGAUACGCCUUCUUCCGAGGAGGAACUCGAGAGAAAGGAAAUUGUGGAUAGAGAACAACUGAGGAGCGCAGAAGAGUCCGAUGAGUACGAGGAGGAAUUUGGAGAGAAAGAAGAAAAGACUAAGAAACGAGAUUUUGCUCCAAUCUCUGGAGACGAGUUUCUUCGAAAAGAAAGGUUUACUGUCGAUAAAGAGGUAAGCUGA